AGCAGGUGAGCCCCGUUCCAAAAAAGAGUAAGGCUGAGGGCGAGGAUGAGGAUAUGAUUCAGGCAAGCGGUGAGGAGGAGGAGCAGUUCGGGGAAUUUGAUGACGGCAAUCUCAUGAAGCAACAAUUUCGGGCACUGGAAGUCACUAGCAUGGAGGAGGCAUGGGGGUACUGUUGUUGCAAACGUGCACAACCUGCAGGUAAUGUGGGUGAGGUGGAGGAGAGGGAAAAGACGGAGGAGCAGCAAAGGAAGGAGGAGGAGAAGAACGCGAAACGCAUUGCAUACAUAUUUGAACAUGCAUCGGAGUGGAUUGUGGAGCCGCGGGACUCGAUACCAAUGGAACUGAUUGGUGACUCCUCCACGGGCGUGAAUUGGAUUAACGGUCUCUGGACGACAUCCAAUAUUAUCUACCCACACAUUAUGGGCGACAUCCAAAAUAGGCUGGAGCAAAUCUCUGUAUCUUUUGGAAUGAGGCCUCCUAGCUGGGGUCACAAUCUGUUCGAAUGGAUCUAUCGAGAAGGGAAUGAAAGAGUUGAUAGGCUGACAUGGUUGGCCAGAACCAAAAAUAGUUACGUUGCGUUCCAUACGUCUCUUAUUGAAUAUGCGAGUAAAACAAAACUAGAUGGCCUUCGUGGAUUCUUCGACGGAGGGCGCUCUGUGGAGGGAUGUGCUGCAGGAUGGUGUAUAGAUCUGUGUGUGCACGGGACGUGGCAGUUGGUGGCGGAAGAAGCAUUCUCGCUCCAUGCCUCUGCUUCUGUCAUGUUCUGUGAGAUGAUUGCAGCAGAACCUCUCUGUAUGGCCGUGGAACACGUUUUGGGUAGCCUCCUUCAUCCAGACAGCUGCCUCAUUUCACAUUUGCUUGGGCCCGUUUUUUGUUCACUCAAUAUUCUUGCAUCUUAUUCCAAUGCCUACGCCUCCGUGGCUCGGCAGUGUGAAGAUAAGAGAUGCUUUCUUUCUUUCUUCCUGCAUCUUAUUCCGAUGCCUAUGUCUCCGUGGCUCGGCAGUGUGAUGAUAAGAGAUGCACUCACUUGCUACCCUGUGCUCCGUUUGGGAGUCUUAGGGUUCAGCUGACACAGCUGUCCGCGCCCUGACUCAAACUCAAAAACCAAGGUUGACGGCUUACCGCCGGCUCCCAGUGUUGGGCAUCGCGUUGUUUAAGGAAAUUGGUUUGCUAGCAGAGCUACAACUGAGCACUCUGCAAUAUUUGGCGAGAGAUAAUGCAUGUUUUCUGUACUUAAUUCGAGCUUUAGGCAAGAAUGCGGGGCUCAGAUGCCAAUUAGCAGAAAAUGGCUGGGAAGCGCUAGUUCAAUGCAUUUAGACGGCUGAGAUCGGUCUGCUCCAGAACUGUUGCAAC